UUUCAGCAGUAUCAUGUAACGAGACAGGAAGCGUCUUUACCUUUCUCUGUAAGGAAUUCUAUACGAAUGUUAUCGGGUCCAUUGGUUGGCAUUGUGGGUCAGAGUUAUGGUAUUCGAACUGUGACAUUUUGCGGAGGAAUAGUGGCAGCAGCAGGAGCAGCACUAUGUUGGACUGCGCCAAAUAUCUUCUGGUUGACAAUUUUUUGGGGUGGAAUGCAUGGUGUUGGAUUUGCCUUUGCUAACACACUCUUCCAGGUAAUUGUAAAUCAAUAUUUUGAGAAAUAUAGGGCUACAGCAUCAGGAAUAGCUUUAUCAGGAGUUUGUGUUGGAAGUUUGGGUUUUCCCAUAUUGAUCGAAACUGUGCUGGAUUCCUAUGGACUUAGUGGAGGUUUUCUCAUUCUUGCCGGCGUCAUUUUGCAUGUUCUGCCACCUGCACUCAUACUGAAAUCACCGUCUUGGGUGGAAAAUCCCGAAAAAUACGCUAAACUAUUGGCUAGAAAAAAAGCUGAGCAAGCAAACAAACUGAAAGAAUCCGUUGAAGCAAUUAAUACAGAUGUUACAGUCAUUCUUGAGAAACAUGAGCUUGAGAGUGUUUACGACCCCAAAAAAUUUGCUCGCCAGCGAUCACUGAGCAAUCCAGUUGAAGAGCUCGUGUACCCCAUUAACAGUAAAGACAUUUUCUACUCAAAAGGAAACGAGAGAUUUUCAAAUUUUGAGGAAGAACAGAAAGUCGUUUGCAUUCGCUACUUAAUGAAACAGACACACGUUCCGCCUAUCUCUGAAGAAGCAGCCGAAAAAAAGGGAACGUUGCACUCAACGGACAAAGUCGCUGAAAAAGAUGGCGACGUUCCACCGUAUUCUGAAAAACAAAUUAAAGCAAAAGGAAAUGAAAACCCGAGCAUCAUGGAGAGCAUUAGGACCAUGGGAAGGGUGUUCAAAAAUCCAGUUUACAUUCUCAUAAAUGUGUGCGCGUCGACUUACACAAUGAUUUUCAUUCCAAUUCUAACUGUGACUGUGGAUUACGCCAUAGAUAAAGGAAUUGAUGAGAGCUAUGGGAAAUAUCUCAUUUACGGACUCGCUCUCGGAGAGUUAGUUGGUAGACUUGGCUUUGGUUGGGUGACAGACAAAGACCUCAUGACCAUACCCGCUUUCAUGUGUGGGAUGCUGGUGUUACAAGGAGUCUUCAUUGCCCUUUUUCCAAUGGCCAUGUCAAUUUAUACCUUCAUGACGACUCUGGUGCUCUACGGAAUGGCAGCAGGAAGUAUGUUGGUGCUGUUCCCGGUUCUAGUGCUCAAGUACAUCGACAACAACAGCCAAGCGGUGGCUUUAGCGAACGAUGGAUUGCUCUCAGGAGUGGUUUCAUUCUCUAUACCACCAAUGAUAGGAUAUUUCAGGGAUUAUGUUGGAUCAUAUGAUGGUAUGUUCUACUUGCUGGGUGGAAUUUCAGUGAUAUCAGGAGGGCUGUGGUUGUUGGAACCUAUUGUCGUGAAGUACUAUUACGGUGAAAGUUUUCAGGAGGACUUGAACAGUAAAAACUUAUUUCAAAACAUCGAGAAACAAACAAAUGAAGAAUCCAAGCCCAGAUGAUUUCAAGUACACUUCUGUUGUACACUCCCAGAUGGUUGCACACUUCUGUUGCAAUGCAUGACAAUUGAAAUACCUCAGAGCAUACACGUGUUACAAGACAUGUAAUGUUCCUCCUCAU